AUGAGCCGCAAGGAAGCUGCCGCACUGAUCCUGCCUCUACUAUUGGCUUGGCUCACCGGGGACUCGUCCGAAGCCCUGAGCACUUUCGGUGUCUCCAACACUCGUCCACCCUCGCCCGCCCCUACUACACCACCUGGUUUGUACACUAUGCGUGUGUUUUGGCGGGUCGAGAUGUGGUGCAGGAGGCAGGCAGCCGCGGUCAUAUUGCCGUUGCUACUCAUCGGUUGGUUGACUGGUCAAUCAUCAGAAGCACUCACCACAUUUGGCAAGGGUAACACAGAACCACCGAAAAAAGUCGCUCCCACUACGCCACCAGCUCGGGCGUGCUCGAGGCCGGCUCAGUGUGCCGGUAUCAGUGGUAGUUCCUGUGUACGCACACAUUACGAUCCAGAGACAAGAUGUCUGUGCGGAGACAAUUCCUCACCUGUCAAUGGACAAUGCGAGGCGCAGAGCAAAUCAUUAUAUCACACUUGCUCGAACAGCGACGAGUGCAACGACGGUCUAAUAUGCGGCACACCUAACAUCACGGGCACCCCUCCCCCCCAUCUGCGCAUGCACGGCCCCGCUGAUAAAAUCUGCCUGUGCGACGUGGAAAAUGGAUUUAAGGAACACGAGCAUACCUGCAGCGGUGAGUGA